CGCUGCUUAGCGCGGCGGCGGCGGCGGCGGCGGAGCGCGGCGGCUCCCGGGAGAGGGGCCUUUUGUCUGGAGCGGCGGCGGCGGCGGGGCCCGGAGCGGCGAGCGCCGGCGUCUCUCUCCCAUCGCGUCCUCGGACCCCAGCGUGUCGGCCGUGCCUCAGGAGCUGCAGGGGGUCUCGGUCCAAAGGCCCCCUCCCCGUCCCCACCCCACCCCACCCCACCCCCCACUUCCCAGGCCGCCCGCCCACUCGGCUGGGCAUCGCCUCAGGCGGCCGGCAGCCCCGCCCUGAGCCCGCCCCCCGCCGAGCUGAGGGGAGGAUCCGGCCCGCGCCGCCGCCGCCGCCUCCUCCUCGGUGGAUUCUCCACCGUCCCUCCGAGCAGGCCCCGCCGCCGCUGCCGUUCUUCAUUCUUUCGGGGGACAGCAUGAAGAUCAAGGAUGCCAAAAAACCCUCUUUCCCAUGGUUUGGCAUGGACAUAGGAGGCACUCUCGUGAAACUUGCGUAUUUUGAACCCAUUGAUAUCACAGCAGAGGAGGAACAAGAAGAAGUUGAAAGUUUAAAAAGUAUCCGGAAAUAUCUGACUUCUAAUGUAGCCUAUGGGUUGACCGGAGUUAGGGAUGUUCAUCUUGAAUUGAAAGAUUUAACACUCUUUGGCCGAAGAGGAAACUUGCACUUUAUCAGAUUUCCAACCCAUGAUCUGCCUACUUUUAUCCAAAUGGGGAGAGAUAAAAACUUCUCAACAUUACACACGGUGCUAUGUGCUACUGGAGGUGGUGCUUACAAGUUUGAAAAAGAUUUUCGCACGAUUGGAAACCUCCAGCUGCACAAACUGGAUGAACUUGACUGCCUUGUAAAGGGCUUGCUGUAUAUAGAUUCUGUCAGUUUUAAUGGGCAGGCAGAAUGCUAUUAUUUUGGCAAUGCCUCAGAACCUGAAAGAUGCCAAAAGAUGCCUUUUAACUUAGAUGACCCAUAUCCACUACUGGUCGUGAACAUUGGUUCUGGAGUUAGUAUUUUAGCUGUCCAUUCCAAAGACAACUAUAAGCGAGUUACUGGAACAAGUCUGGGAGGUGGCACAUUUCUGGGUUUAUGUAGCUUACUGACUGGCUGUGAAAGUUUUGAAGAAGCUCUUGAAAUGGCUUCCAAAGGUGACAGCACCCAUGCUGAUAAAUUGGUCCGUGAUAUUUAUGGAGGAGAUUAUGAAAGAUUUGCUUUGCCCGGGUGGGCUGUAGCAUCUAGUUUUGGGAACAUGAUCUAUAAGGAGAAGAGAGAAUCUGUUAGUAAAGAAGAUCUAGCAAGAGCUACUUUAGUUACUAUCACCAAUAACAUUGGUUCUAUAGCAAGAAUGUGUGCUGUUAAUGAGAAAAUAAAUAGAGUUGUCUUUGUUGGAAACUUUCUACGUGUCAAUACUCUCUCAAUGAAACUUUUGGCAUAUGCAUUGGAUUAUUGGUCCAAAGGCCAAUUGAAGGCAUUGUUUCUAGAACAUGAGGGAUACUUCGGAGCAGUUGGUGCUCUCCUAGGGCUGCCAAAUUUCAGCUAAAGCAUCAAAAGUCACUAUAUUAAUAAUGCCAUCCAAAUGGAACUAGAAAUCAGAAGGAUUAUUAUUGCAUUAUUUAAAAUGAUGGGAACCAAAGGACAAGGUGGGGAAAUGGCAAUGUUGCUGUUCAUUUUUAAAUGUUAAAAGGGUAAGCUGUUGAAUGUUGCCAUUUUAAAGUGAGAUCUGGGUAACAUAAAGCAUUUCCGGUUGAAAUGCUUUAAGAAUUUUGGUCUUACUCUUCUGUAUAUAACCAGUAUUAAAUCCUUUUGAUGCAAUACAACCUCUGAUUGAGCUUCUCAAAAAUACUUUCAUUUUACUUUUAAGUAGUCAGCAUUAUAGUAUUGUAUGCUUAAACAAAAAUCUCAGUCCUCAGAUAUUUAGUUUAUGAAAAUAAUUCAUUCUGAAUGUCUGUUACAGAUGCCUCUUUUUACCCAUCUUUUGGUUACUUUUCAUGCCCUGUAUUGAAAAUUCACUGUGAUGACCAAAGUGUCAGAGAUUACAUUUUCAUGUGAUGUUGGAAAAUUUCAGACAUUGAAAACCAUUAGGGCUUUUCUAAUGCAUUUUUCUUAAAAGUAUGUUUCUAUGGUUUUUGAGAGGUCUCCAGUAGAAUUCAAAGUAUUUUCAAUACCACAAUGUAAUUAAAGUAUAUAGCUAUAUGUGAAACUGCAGGUAAAUAGCAGCUCAAGUUCUAAAACUACUUCACUUUCCAUUAGUUGGUGCAAUAGAGCACUAUUCAUAGAGUAAAAAAUCAUUAUGCUGAAUACAUUUAAAGGUAUAACAUCUAAAAUGUUUUAAGUUGAUUACUUGAUUGGUGACCUGUUUAAUAAGGACAGUAGGAAGGUACAAUGUUAUGAAAUCCAAAUGCAUCACUCAAGUUGAGUAUAUAUUCCCUGUCCUAUAUUCCUUCCUGUCAGACCAGAGCUUAGUCACUCUUUUUUUUAAGGUCUGAAUCAACAAGGCAAAAAUCUUUAUUAUGUGAAGAAGGAAAAAAUACCUACUUAACCUAUCAGAGUGUUUUAUUAAAUUGGAAGGUUAGUUAUUUUGAAGCUUCAUGGAAUUCAGAGGCAGUAUUGCAGAAUCAUAGAAGGAUCAGUGUUUUGUACAUUCUCACAAUAAAAUCAUUAUAAUUCCAAUGUUUGUAAAAUUUGUUGGCCUUGGAAUUCACCCUCUAUUUUGGAGUCAUUGUUUUUGGUAAAUUUGUGGAGUAUUUGAAAUUGAGAUUGAGAUUUUUAGUUUCGAAGAAACUUUAUCAAAGUAGUAGUGUGCUAUAGCACAGAUUAAGAUUUUUAGAAUUUGGAAGGCUCAGAAUAUUAACCAUCUCUUGAAGCACCAUGAUGGUACUCAUUACAUGACGAUAAGUAUUAUGUAUUAAUAUAAACCACAGCAUAACGCAUACUCAGUAGAAAAGACUAUUAUGUUUUUCAAUAGGUUAUGAUGUGCUAUGUAGACAUUUCUCCAUCAUGUAUCCUUUAGAUAUGCUCAAAUGUUUACCAGACCAUGUUGGUCAUAAGAUAUUCCUUCUAUAAAGGUAUGAAUUUCUGAACCAUGGAAUUGUGAGGGAAGUUGGGAAUAGUUGGAAUGUCAUUUAAAAGAAAGAAUCUAUUAAUUUUUAAACUUCAAAUCUUAGCUGUUUUAAAACCCCAAAAUGAGAGAACAUCCUACUUUUUUCCCCUAUUGUAGCUACUUCAUAUUCAGUCAUAUUUUCAUAAUUUCAUUAUUUUGAAGGCUUCCAAUUUGGGCUAAAAUCUUUUCAUUUAAACUGUAGGCAAAGAUUCUGCAGUUUUUAUAUUAGCUAUUGGAGGGCAGACAUCUAAAUAAAAAAGUGACAGGUAUUGAUUUUUCUCAAACUUCAAGUGAAAAAUUUCAUUUCAAAAUGGUGUGGAUACUGUCCCAAUAUGUGUAUUGGAACUGUGGUACAUCCUUAAUUUUGGUCUUUUGUUAAUGGUAAAAUCACCUACAACCAAAGAAGGAUGUAGUAACCAUACAAUCUGGUUACUAUCACUCUGUUCUUCCAAUAUUUGUCCUGUUUCACCAGAAACGUAAGGAAAAUGUAAUUACUAUAAAAACUGUCAAGAUUAUGCUUCUUGAUCAUCUUUAAAUUCCCUCUAAGCAUUGUAAAUGAGCUUAGCUCUUAAGAUCAGCCAUUGCAGUUCUGAAAGCUACAUGCUUUAGAAAUAACUCUUAAAAUGAACUUGAGAUUUCUGAAUGGGCCCAUUAGAGGGGAAAGAAUAUAUGCAAACCUAUUUUUUCAGUAAAUGUCAGGAAAUUCCCCCCCCCCCUUUUUUUUUUUAAUUUUUGGCUUGUGGCACUUCAGAAUGUUCCCAAUAAAUAUCUUGCAUCACUCUUCGUAUCCAUUUCCCUGUUAUUGAUAAGAUAAUUGAAAUAACUCAUUAAAAUGUACCUUUUGAAUUGAAAAAUGCCUGUCAGGGCACAUUUUUCUCAAGUAUUACUAAAAAUUACAACUCCUUCACUAGGUCGAUUUGGCAAAUUCAGUGCCUUAAAUUCUUCACCUUUGUGAUAUUGAUAGCCAACUUCAGGCACCAAAGGAGUGAUUUCCUAUUGUUCUUAAUUGACUUAUUUGUUGUCAUUACUACCUUGUCCAAACAACUCACUUGUCUGCUACUUACUAAUAAUUUAAUUUUUACUCCUACAAAAAAUGGGAGGGGGUAUACUCUGAAAUUGAAAGAGCAUAGCAACUUCAGAACUACUCAGAAGAUGGUUUCAGAGGGAAAGGGCAGCCUUUUUCUCUGAACAAAAGAGCAAGAUUUCAGCACUAAUCCAUUUACUUGUGGCAAAGUAUUAAUAGACCUGCUGACCCUACUGAUUUAGAGAGCACUAGAGACUUGUUUACUUUUAGCUUAGGCAAUAAAACUCCACUGCCCUUAAUCAAUACAACAUCUAGAAUCCUUGAACAGACACAAAUUACUUGCCAAAUAACAGAAUUUAUAAAGAUUUCAUGAACUUUUUGCCUUCACUAAUACAAGUUUGAUAGCUUGUGUUGGGAAUACCAAUAGUUGGAAUGCUCAUUCCAUCUUUAUAAGCAAUAUAAUGGACCAAGAAAAUGACAAGAUUUUAAUUUCUUUAUCCAUGGAACUGUUGGAUUAAAAGAAUAGUCCCUUGCUGUAUGUCCCCUUUUUGUGUUUGCAUUCUUGGCUCAAAGGUAUAGCUAGGAAGUAAGUAGUUCUGAAAAUGCCCAUUAUAACCACUGAGCUCUUGGGAGAAUGUUUUUUUUUUUUUUAGCUACAAAGAAUUGACUACACACUUGGUGAAUUUUUUUUUUCUUUUGAGCACUUUAUGCAUUUUAGAUAUUGCACUUGUGAAUGUAUUUUGGUAAUAAGACCUUUCUCCACUAAAAGCCAUGUAGAAAUUAUAAAGAAUAGCAAAUAGGGAAAAAUGGGUGUUCGUUUGGGUGUAUUUGUGCUUUAAUCACUAUUUGUUUCAUAAAGAAAAAUUUUUUUAAAAAAGAAAGAAAAGGCUUUGCCUUUUCUAGUAUUGCUAUUGUUUUCUUGACCAUUUUAUAAAGUGGCCUAUCCAGCAAAGUAUCAGUGAGAUGUUCCUAUUUACACAGUAAGUCUACUUAAAAACUUGUUUUCAUUACUGAAGAAGUUGUCACCUUAAGUUUUUUAAGUAGCUUUAUUCUUGAUUCUUGUAAGCUCCUAUCAUCAAAAUGAAUUUAGGGGGAAUAUGUGCUUUAUAUAAUUUAUUUUUCAUUUGAAGAAAUGGUUUGCUGUGGAAAGAUUUUAUAUUCAACCUAGUGUAUAUUCAGUAGACUUAAAAGUUACUGAGUGUUUUUCUUUUUGCUUCCUUUAAAAAAUUUAGCCUAUUUGAAAUAGUGGUGACUUCAUCAUAGUAAACCUUCAUACUUCUGCUACAUUUAAACUGAGUAAUUAUAACUUAACAGACGAAAAAAUUUUAAUAUUAUAGUAAACUUAGUUUGUAGUGUAGUGUCUUAUUGUUUACAUUCAGUGUUGCUGUUUGGUGGUGUUUUGUAAAUAGUACCAUGACUAUCCUUGCUAUUUCACCUCAAUAGGCCUCUGUUUACUCAUAUGAAAAAUGAGAGGGAAGUUAGACUAGAUGGUCUCUAAAGUUUCUUCCAGCUCUUAAUUCUUUAUUUGUUAAAAAUGCAUCAUCAGGAUCCUGAAAAAGAAAGAGUUAAAUUUAGAAUAAAAUUUGUUCCUUUUUUCUCUACAUCUUGAACAAAACGUACAUAUAUAAAAUGAAUUUGUGAAACUUGUUCCAAAUUCAUAUAAUACAUAUAAUUCUAUUUUCAAAUGUUAAUGUGUACUAAAUUUUUGUUUUUUAUCAUAACUAAAAUUCUCAAAUUUUAAAGUAAUAUAGAUUUAUUUGUAUUUGGUUAAUUCAGCAGCUAUACCAUAGAAGAAUGUUUGAAAAUUCAUUUCCAUUAUCAUUUGACCAAUUAAUCUUUUUUAUUAGAACUGUUAGUACAGGCUUAGUGGCAAAACUGUGUUUUGGCUAUAUAUGACUAGUAGAGUUUAAAGUGGCUGAAGCUUGAAAAAAAUGAUUAACUUCUAGAGUUUUAAUGUAAACUGAAAAUCAUGUGCAUUAUUAUGAAAUGCCAUAUUUGCAGUGUACAAAAGGAAAAUUUUCAACUUAAGUUCUUGAGUACAGAUCAUUAUAAAUAACAAACACAAAUCUGAUUUCUAGUGAUUCCCAGAGACCUAUUUCUGAUAAUUUUUUUAGCAGUUUCCAUCUUCAUUGUGACAGAGGGCAAGUGUUGGGUGACUCAGGUACUUGUACAUCUCAUUAAACACUUGAUCCAUAGGAAAGUUUACAAAGGACACAUGGAUAGCUUGCAAACAUAUCAGAUUGCAUAGCUUUCGUUUUAGAAUUUCAGUUUAUCUUCAGUUAUUUGUGAAUAAUGUAAUGGAAAAAUAGCAGAUGUUCCCUUUCUGUUCAUAAUAGGAUUAAACAAAUGUAGCAGCAAGAUAUCACUAAAAACUCCAGAAAUCAAAGGCAGUGCUGAAUGAUGUGUUAGAGGAAACCGAAUGAUCUGUGCUGAUCAAAAGCUAAAAAAAAAGAAUUUAUAGUUAUGGUUUAUUCCUUUUGGUAAUUAUAAUUUUCUUUUUAUUUUAUUUCUACUGUUCAUCUGAACUGUAAUUCUUAGGACUUUGGGGGCUUUCUAAGCAAUGAAAAUUAUUUUUCAGUUUACUUAUAAAGAAAUUUCCAAGUUUUUGUUGUAUAUAGCUAGAAUGCAAGUACUGAAUAUUGGCUAUGAUACUGAUUUUUAUAUAAAUAUCUUUCCUAUUUUGCUUUCCUUGAAGUCCUGAUGUAUGUUUUGAAAAUUAUCAUCACCAACAUUCUCAAUAGUUUCAACACGGGCUCCUCCUAAUUGUGUUGUCUUUUAUAAAAUUGUGGAAAUAAAAGUGGUGCACCUACCUUAGUCAUUUAAUAUUUUUCACUUCAAAAUUCCAUAUUGAAUGUUAUUAAUAAUCUGAAGUCUCACUUUAUGAAAAUUGCAGUCUCCUGUUAUUUGAGAGGGUCUACGUAUUUUCAAUUAAUGUUUAGAAGUGAAAAAAACCUUUCCAAAGAACAGAAAUGUAUGUGCUAUUCUCUCCCUUGUCCCUCCCAGUAUUUUGAUGGAAUUAACAUUUUAGGGAUAUGUGCAUAAUUUCAUCAUCUGUAUAUAUUCUGUGCUUGGAUGUGUAAUUUAAGGUAUAGAUGAAAACAUUAAAAACACCUGCUUCUUAGGCUCAAAUAACUUGUUUUCCCAUUAGUGAUCAAAUCAUUCUAAAAAUGGUUUUUAUGUCUCUUAGAGAGAUUAGCUAAUGUUACAAGCAUCAGAUUUUUUUUUUUGAGAUUCACUUUAUCCAUAAGCCAUUUCAGUUUUAAAUUGCCUUAUUCUAUUGCAUUGUACUUAAUGUCUGAAUUUUGUUUACUGUUCUGACACUGAAUCUGUGAUGUAAAAAUAUGAUCGUCUAUAAAUUUUAUUCCUAAUAAACUUACUAAGUUAUACAGUAAUGUAAACUAAAGCAUUUCUUGUAAAUUGCCUUAUUUAUUAUUUUUCAUCUUGUGUGUUUUUCAUCAACAUGUAUGGUUUCUUUAAUUCUCAUUGUUGACCUCUACUGUAAGCAUUCCCAUACUAGUCUGGAUUUUCCUUAAUGCUUAUUUGCAUGAAUGAUGCCUGGGUUUCAUAUACUUGUAUUAUAUUGCCAUUAAGCCAACUUCAUUAUACUUUACCUACUUUUUAAAUAGUUGGUUUUCCUGGUUUUGUUGCUGCUCUGUAUGAACAUUAGAAACCAUGCUUUUUUUAUCUUCUCUCCUAAUAAAAUUAUUUCCAUA